CUCGAUUAUCAUUGUCGUAUAUAAGACAAGAUCUAUCAUCUUGUUGAUCGUUCAAUUGUUCUGUUUGUCUUUACUGCAGCACUUUUAAGAUGAAUAAGGUCGCGAUUGUUUUGUUUGUGGCUUUCGCUGCUGUUGCGAUUUCAAAGCCUUUGUCUGAAGAGGAACUCAAGAAACUCGUCGAUUUGAAUAGAGAAUGUGCUAAGACGUCUGGUGUGGAUGAGGAUACUCUAAAGAAACUUGAGGGUGACAUCGAAUAUCCAGAAACCGCUGAAAUGAAGGUUCAUGCCAAGUGCUUCAUGAAAGGUUUGGGUGUUAUGGAUGACGAUGGCAAUAUCGACGUAGAAGCAAUGACAGAAAGCUUGAAAAAGAUAGUUCCUGAAGGUAAAGAAAAGGAGGUCGCCGAAAAAUGCAACGUUGUAAAAGACAGCCCCGAGGAAACUGCUUUUGAACUGGGAAGGUGUGUUCAUGGAGAAAUUCAUGAUCACUUGAAACUAGUAGCUUACGUUCAAUAUACAUUAUUUUCUAUAAUUUUGGAAAAAAUGGGUAGUUUUGUGCUAUUCCUGUUAGCUUUGAUUGCUAUGGCUCAUACCCAGGAAUUGACAGAAGAGCAAAAGGUUAAAAUCAUGGAGUACAAUAAAGAAUGCAUGGAAGAGACCAAAGUCGCCAUGGAGGUCGUAUUGAAGGCUGCCGAAGGUGUCUACGUAGAUGACGAUAAGCUGAAGAAGCAGAUUCUCUGCGUCAACAAGAAGAUCGAAGUUCAGAAAGAAAACGGGGACAUCGAUAUAGACGUUACCAAGAAGAAACUGAUGACGAUCCUGAAAGACGAGAAGAAAGUCGACGAUGUUAUUAAGAAGUGUGUUAUGAAGAAGGAUACACCGGAAAAUACUGCGUUUGAGGCUGCUAAAUGCAUGCACAAGUUAGCGCCAAAUCCCAAGGUUUUGUCGUGAGCUGUCUGAGAUGUUUAACUGAAUUCAAUAUAUUACACACUAUGAAGUAA